UCCGCGGAAGGGGGCGGCAGUGCGGGGGGCGGCGCCGGCGUGGCCGGCGGGCCGGAGCUUCUGGACACCUACGUGGCCUACCUGGACGGCCAGGCCUUCGGGGGCAGCGGCCCCCCCGGCCCGCCGUACCCCCCGCAGCUCAUGACUCCCUCUAAGCUCCGGGGCCGGUCGCUGCGGCCUGGCCCCAGCGGGGGCCUCCGAGACCCUGUCACCCCCACCAGCCCCACCGUCUCGGUGACAGGGGCGGGAACCGACGGACUGCUGGCCCUGAGCGCUUGCUCGGGACCCUCGACGGCGGGCGUGGCCGGGGGGCCGGCGGCCAUCGAGCCAGAAGUGCCAGCGGUGCCCUUGCCGACGGCCUCCUCCCUGCCUCGCAAGCUGCUGCCCUGGGAGGAG